UAAGACCCAUGUCCAGCUGGUUUGCUUCACACCACUACCCACUAGCACUGGACGCAACACACUGCACCGCAGCGCGCGCACACCAUGGAUCUACUCCUGCCACUCGUCUCGCUUCUUCUGAUUACUGGAGGAGGCAGUCAUCAUGUGAGCUUCGCCAAUGCGGCCACGGCGAACUCGGUGACGCCGAGGGCGUACUGGGAGGCGGUGCUUCCCGGAACUCCAAUGCCCCCAGCCGUCAGCGACCUGUUACUCCAACAAGAAGUGCGUGCCUCUCUAGAUGGUGUUGACCUCAAGUUUGUCAAAGGACUACGAAAAAUUGGACCAUAUUAUAAGAAACUCAAGUCAGAAGCUGAUCAAGGGGAAGACCAUAGUCAUGCUGCAUCACAAGCUGAACAUAAUUUCAAGGAGGUCUCUUUGUCGUAUGGAUCAAAAGGUGGAGACAAUUUAAAGGAGGUCUCUGUGUCAUAUGGGGCAAAAGUUGGAGAGAGACCUAAAAAAGUUUUGGUAUCUUAUGGGGUAGGUGACAAAGAUGUUCCAAAGAGAGACUUCGUGGCACAAGAAGGAGAUGUAAAGGAGGUUUCUCUGUCAUAUGUAUCAAAAGGUGGAAAUAAUUUAAAGGAAGUAUCUGUGUCAUAUGGAUCAAAAGAUAGAGAGAGUCUGGAAGAAGUCUCAGUAUCUUAUGAAAUAGAUGGAAAAUAUGUUCCAAAGAAAGACUUUGUGGCACAAGAAGAAGACCUAAAAGAAGUCUCAGUGUCAUAUGGGUUAGAUGAAGGAAAAAAUGAACAUAUUGAAGUCUUAAACCAAGGUGAAGAUGAUCCACAUAGAGUUACAAUGUCAUAUAGAUCAGAACAAGAAGAUGAUCCCAAUAAAGCUACAAUGACAUAUAGGUCAGAACAAGAAGAAGAUCCACAUAAAGUUACACUGUCAUAUGGGUCAGAACAAGAAGAUGAUCCCAAUAAAGCUACAAUGACAUAUAGGUCAGAACAAGAUGAAGAAGAUCCACAUAAAGUUACAAUGUCAUUGGGCUGGAACAAGAAGAUGAUCCCAAUAAAGCUACAAUGACAUAUAGGUCAGAACAACAAGAAGAAGAUCCACAUAAAGUUACAAUGUCAUACGGGUCAAACCAUGAAGAGCAUACAAAUAAACUUACAAUGACAUAUGGGUCAGAAGAUGAAGUGGAUCCAAAUAAAGCUACAAUGUCAUAUAGGUCGGAACAUGAAAAUGACCUAAAGACCGUUUCUACGGGGCAUAUGACACACAUAGAAGGAAAGCCGAGCCACCAUGUCCACUCUCAUAGCCACAAGACCAAAAGACACGCGGAUGUUUUCUUCUUCCACGACAUGCUGCGGCCAGGGUCAAUGAUCACCCCAACCAUCCCGCCGACCAACUCCAUCCCGACGCUUCUUCCCCGCCACGUCGCCGACUCCCUUCCAUUCUCCACCAAGCGCCUCCCGGACAUCGUCGCGAUGUUUGCGCCAACGUCCCUUGGGAUGAUCAGAGACAUUCGGUGGACGCUGGACACCUGUGAGCACCCACGGACGCUCCCCGGCGAAAAGGCAGGAUGCACCACCUCCCUCGAGACCCUCGGCGAGCUAACGACGUCCCUUCUCAGAACGUCCAACGUUCGUGCGUUCUCCGCCGCCAAUCUUCCCGUGGAAGCCCCGGGCACACCGGCGCUGCGGGGGAGGUACAACGUGACGGCUGCCCGAAGGCUCUCCAAGUCAUCGGAGAUCAUGACCUGCCACGACUUGACGUACCCGUAUGCGGUGUACUACUGCCACACAUCCAACCCCACCGCCGCGUACGCGGUGACGCUGGAGAGCAUGGAAAGGGGCGCGGCGCCGGCGACGAUGGAGGCGCUGGCGGUGUGCCACCUCGACACGUCACAGUGGAGCCUGAAGCACCCGUUCUUUGCGCUGCACAAUGUCAAGCCAGGGGAUGUCGCUGUGUGCCACUUCCUCACCAAGCUAAGCGUCGUUUGGGUGCAGGCCGGCGAGCCCGGAAACGCACAUGCGGCGGCCCGGUAGGCUGGAAAACACGUGUGUGUCGGGAUGUGUGAGAUGCGGCGCAUUCAUGAAAUGGACGGCUCUAAGUGCAUGUAUCGAGGUUGUACUAAAUAAAUGCGCGCUUGCUGUGUCUUG